AUGGCGAGUAGCAAAUCAGCUGUAGCAAGGAUUACGUUCGAUCUGCCGUUCGAGAUAACGCUGGAAAUCCUAUCGAGGUUGCCAGUGAAAUCCCUCUUGCGAUUCAAGUCCGUAUGCAAAACCUGGUAUGAUCUGAUCAAAACCCCUGAUUUUAUUGCCAAACAUCUUCUAACCCCGGUCACUCUCAAUCCCACCCCUCUCCUGGAAACUGGUUUUAGUUAUAAAACCGAAAGCCAUAUAAUCUCAUUAAUUUACAACGAUGGGUUUAACAACGAGGGUAUCGAUCUCAAUUUCCCAUUUCUGGAGAGGAGGAAUAUUCGUCGAAUUCCAUGGGAUUAUGGUGGGGAUAAUUAUUUCUUUAUUGGGGGUAUCUGUAAUGGUUUGGUUUGUGUAAGUCUGUCUUGGUUUGGAUAUCCCCUGUUUCUAUGCAAUCCCUCCACCAGACAGUUUCGGGAAAUUCCGGGUGCCGAAUGGAAUUGUGAAGGUUAUUAUGUACAACAUGUUAAGCAGGUUAGUUUUGGGUUUGGCUUCCAUCCCAGUGCUAAUGAUUACAAGUUGAUUAGGAUUGUGCUUCAUUUGGAUACUAACUUUCAAGAAAGUAUCCGAGCUGAUCUGUAUGUGAUGAGCACAGAUACUUGGACGAGAAUUGGUUAUAAUAAUAACCUUUUGUCGUUCUUUGGGGAGAUGAAUGAAUGGGGGGAGUAUGAUAGCAUCGUGGAAAUUGAUGAAUCUUUUGCUUCAGCUGUCUUGAAUGGAGUUUUCUAUUGGCCUGCACGUGUAGUCCCAACUCAUCAAAUGGUUGUUAUGUCGUUCGACAUGGGUAAUGAGGAGUUCAGAAGAAUAAGAACACCAGAGUGUUUGGAUGGGACUUGGGAUCUACCUAACUGGACAUUUACUGAAUUAGAUGGCAAACUUGCUGUGGUGGUUGUUUCUCCUCAUGAAAGGUGCUUUGAUGUGUGGGUGUUGAAUGAAAACGAGAGUUCUUGGACUAACCAAGUUAAAGUUGGGUCUUUUCCGAGGAUUGCAGGUGAUAUGGAUGAUGGGGAAGAUCGUCUAUUUACUGUGAUGGGAGGUGGGAAAGAUGGUAAAUUGUUAAUGACUGAUUAUAAAUACACUGCUGGUGAGUUAAAGCUCUUUUCAUAUGAUACAAAGACCCGGCAAACUAUGGACCUUUAUUUUGGUCAGGUUUAUUUUGAAUGUAGUGUUUAUUUGUACGCGGGGACUCUACUUCCAGUCAUGCAAGCCAACGAAAUUGUGCUCAACAAGUAG